AUAAUAUUAUAGUCAGUACUGGACCGGCACGCCAACUGUUUCGGCGUGGUUCAUUCAGCGACCGCUCCUACAAAUGUUAUGUAAUAUGUUACACUUCGUCGGUGUACCGACGCACGUUUCCAUUUCCGCCCACACGUUUGUUUAUGAAUUAUGUAGAUGAUGAUUUGAAAAAUGUGUUAUUACUAUUAUCGCUUAAAUUAUAAUAAUAACGACGGUUAUCGAUUCAAAUUAAAUCUUUUGAGUAUAUAUAUUCGCCGUUCCGUCAAACAAUGUAGCAUACUCGAUGCGCACUCAAAUUGAUCCAUAACAAUUUCAAAAGAUUAUACGUCGUUUAUCUUUUCACGCUCUUCAGUUCGACAACGACUUAUAAAUCUAUCGGUGUUUUUUUACGGACAAUACAAACACGCAUUACAGUGGCGGCGAUAGUAUAAUCACCACUUCCGUGCACGCGUCAUUGACGUCAGACGCAGUUGAGUGUACGGGCCAUGGGUAGAAGAUGUUAAACACUCAGUGCUGGAAAACGGGCCGACCGGACAACGGGAAUAAUGGUGGCGAUGCAACCGCAGCCGUUCUCCAGGAUGCGGACAAGUCAAUGCGAUUGCAGGCGUGUUGGAUACGGUUGUGGGACAGGUGGGCGUGCGAACAGCGCAACGUGGUCCUGUACCAGAUGCACAUCAAUCACGCGCUGUCUCGGGAACGGUCCAAGCUAACGCUGGCCGGUGGCCGGGUGGUGUCGUGCAGGCGCAUCAAGCAGCAGCAGACGGGAGUGGGAUCCCGGUGCUGUAGCACGACCGUCACGGCCGCCGCAGUCACGACGUUGCAGCAGCCUGUGGCCAGGUCAACCGCGGUGCAUUCUACCAGUAGGUGCAGCAUCGCUUCCUCCACUGCUGAUGACGCUACGUUCUGCAACGUCAUCACUGAAGUCACUGCCCCAACAGCCGCGUCGGCCACCGUAUCGGACGCUGCGGGCGCUCGCGACCUGCGCGUGCUGUCUACAGCCGUUGCCCGGCUUCGGGCGUCCGGCUGGUACUACGAGGGUGCCGAGGCACAGGCCUGGACCGCAGACGCGCUGGCCAGCAUGCCGGCCGGCCGAUUUUGUGUUCGAGAUUCCAGACACUCGGAACACCUGUUUACAAUGGACGUGCAGACAGGCCGCACCGGUGAGUCCCGGCUCAUGAGCGUCCGGUUCACGUACGUGGAUGGCGUGUUCGGGCUGGACUCGAUGCCACGGCGCGCAGGCGCUCUCCGCGUCCCGAAGUUCCGGUGUCCGAUCGAGCUGAUCGACUACUACGUACGGCUGUCCCGGAUCGAGGCGGCCCGCCAGAUGCUCGUGUACCCCGUGUGGAUCGACCAGUGUGGCCAGUUCUUCUCGUGGAUGAACCUCCGCCGGCCAGUGGUCAAGGUCACCGCUGCAGGGUUUCCUUCGCUGAAGCACAUAGCUCGCCUGGUGAUCAACCGACACAAGCGCCUCAUCACCAUCACUCCUACAUCACUACCAACCGAACUGAUUGAAUAUUUACUUCAAUAUCCGUAUAGCCUGUGAUUAAAUUAUUUUCUACAUCAUCUACGUUAUAUUUUUACUAUUAUUACUAUUAUUUUUAUUUUUUUGUCGUAUUUUUACUGUUAAUCUUAAUUUAUGUUAGGUAAGUAUGUAGGUAAGUUAUUAGCGCAUGCGCGUGUACAAAUUAUAAUUACGUAUUUAUAUAUAGAAAUUAGAGGAGGAUAAUAUAUGACGUAGGUAUAUAUAAUAUAUAGAUUAUAGAUAUACCAUAUCCAUACCUACUAUUUUUAUAAACAGAAACAAUUAUAAUUAUAAUAUUAUAUUUAUUUUACUUUACUUUUUCCUUAUUAAAUUUCCGCCAUUGUGAGUUUUUGAUAAAGCAUGCGUAAUAAACAUUAAACAAUGUAUUUAAGUAGAUUUUGGAUUUUACCAUUGUAUAAAACCACUUAUAAUACAACCGUACAAUUUAUAUAGUACAUUGAAAUGUUUAGAUAGGUAGGAUAACUAUUUAGUCACCUACAGAUGAAAAUGACUAAAUUACGCAAGAUGAAAAAUAACACACGCUAUCAAAUGAUAAUUUUUUUUUUAUUUCGCACUCAUUUUCUUAAAUAUAUAUGUAAGUAUUUUUUAAAUGCAUAUUUAAAUUAUAUUAUACUUUUUAUUGUAAAUUAUUAUUAUAUUAUGUUGUUGUUUUUAAAACCAUAUUUAGUUAAUUUUGAUUUGUAUAAUGACAAUUUUGUUUCGAAAAUACACAAGAUAAUAGAUACAAUCAAA